AUGCAUUGGUCAAAGGCGCCAACGAAUGGGAUUGACUUUAUGGGUGCCAGGUCGCACUCUGCUACAGUAGUUGGACAUCGUAUAUUCGUCUUUGGUGGAUCAGACAGAGAUGAGAACUUCAAUGAUCUACUUAUAUUCGAUACAGAGACUCUAUAUUGGAGUAAACCAGAGACUCAUGGACAGAAAGGAUCGAUACCAACACCUCAAAGAGCACACUCGGCAACAUUGGUUGGCACGCGUAUAUUGGUGUUUGGCGGUGGCGACGGCUCAAACUACUUCAACGACCUAUAUUCGCUGGAUACAAAGACACUGACGUGGAGCAAACCAAUCACCAGUGGUCAGUGUCCAGGCCCACGACGCGCACAUAGUGCCAAUCUAGUUGGAUCAAAGUUAUGGAUAUUCGGUGGCGGCAACGGUAACAAGGCUUUGAAUGAACUGUAUUGCUUGGACACAAUGACAAUGACCUGGUCGCAGAUAACACCCGGUGGCACACCACCAAUUGGACGCGGCUACCACAUUAGUGAGGUGAUUGAUGGCAAGAUUGCGAUAAUUGGAGGAUCGGAUGGUGCCGAGUGCUUCUCGGACUUCCAUCUGUACAGCCCCUCCAAGAACACAUGGAAGAAGGUGCCGAUCAAGGGUCCGACGCCCAUGCUGUCACAUGCCUCUGUGAUCGUUGGUCGCAACAUUGUUGUGUUUGGCGGUCACAACGCUUCAGACUACAUCAACUCGCUGCAGACUUUCGAUCUGGGUCGCCGCAAGUGGGAGGAUCGCCAGACCUCGGGUACGGCACCCGAGCCUCGUGGCUACCACUGUUGCUGCUUCGUCAAUCAUAGAAUGUUUGUCAUUGGUGGAUACGACGGCACGCAGUGCUUCAAAGAUGUAUAUAUGCUGGACCUAGGCGAGUUUGCUGCCAACGAGUUGGUUCGCAAGAAGAUGACGCUUCAAGGUCUGACGCCGCCAGUGACAACGCCUCCCCCAUCACAGGGUCACCCCACGUCGCCACUUGCCUCUUCACAGCCCCUGCCAUCAUCAAUCACCUCGCCACUUUCCAAAUCAGCUAGACCUGCAGCGCCGCGUAUAGCAUCGUUUGGCGUCAAGUCUUCGUCUGCUGCAAACAUCACAACAUCUGGCGCAUCAUCAUCAUCAUCACCAGCAAACAAACUGAGUCCAAACCAAGUCUAG